AUGGCGCAUUACAACUUGCCAGUUGACACAGUCCCGGGGACAGUCCACCUCGUGGACAUCGAGCAUACCAUGCAUACCCGACACGCUGGAUCCGGGAACAAGGACAUUGUUCUAGUACCCACUCCGUCGAACGAUCCCGAUGAUCCCCUGAACUGGUCGCCUAAGCGAAAGCUCAUGUCGACUGUCACAGUCAAUAUUUACACCUUGGUGGUUGGCAUUGCCAACUCUGUGGUCUAUUCGGUGCUUGUUCCGCUUUCUGAUGCUUCGGGAGUCUCCAUCAGUACCCUGAACCAAGGCACGGGGUAUCUGUUUCUGCUUGCUGGCUGGGGUUUGCUUUUCUGGCAACCUUUCGCCUUGCGUUAUGGCAAGCGACUGACGUACCUCCUCUCCAUCUGCGGCACCAUCGGUUGCACAAUGUGGGGGCCGUACGCCCGUGGCAACGGGGUGUGGAUUGCAAAGAACGUAUUGGGAGGAUUUUUUGCUGCCCCCAUCGAGGCCCUUCCUGAGAUUUCCGUGACAGAUGUGUACUUCCAGCACCAGCGAGGAACAUACAUGGGCAUCUAUGCGUUCUUUCUCGCCGGGAGCAACUAUUUCGCCCCGGUGAUCUGUGGCUUCAUCGCUGAUGACCAAGGCUGGAAAUGGGUUUUUUACUGGCCGACCAUCUUCCUUGGCGUGGCUCUGAUCUUUUGCUUCUUCUUCAUGGAAGAGACGAACUACACAAGAUCAACAGUCGGUAUCGUCGAGACCUUGAGUGGCAGUCAGACGCCCGUCUCUGGCACGAAAGACGAGAAAGCGACAGAAAAGACACCAGACGUUGUCAACGAACCUACCAUCAAUGUUGAGAGCGGCGCCGUGGUAUACGGCAGCAAUAAAACCUACCUACAAAGGAUGUCGCUUUGGCAACCCUCUCCUGGGGAACCGAUGUGGACAAGAGCCUUUAGAUCGUUGAAAUACCUGGGCUGGCCUGUGAUAUUCUAUGCUGGGUUUAGCUAUGGCAGUUAUCUUAUCUGGUUCAACGUUCUGAAUGCAACUGCAAGCAUCAUUCUAGGUGGUCCACCCUACAAUUUCAAAGCCUCCAUGGUUGGACUUUCAUACGUCAGCACAUGCUUGGGCGUCAUCGUCGGAUGUUUCUUUACUGGCCGGUUCAGCGACUGGCUCACUAUCAGACUUGCGCGUCGCAACAAUGGCAUCAUGGAACCGGAACAGCGUCUCUGGCCUUUUGCAGCUUGCAUCAUCGUUGUCCCUGCAUCCCUUAUUCUCUGGGGCGUCGGUGCUGCUCAUCACGUCCAUUGGUUUGGGUUGAUUUUCGCCAUGGGCACUCUUGCCGCUUCGACUUGCUUCGGGAUCACGCUCAGCGUCAACUAUCUUAUCGACACGUACCAUGAAAUCAGCGCAGAUGCGAUGACGACGGUGAUCUUGGUUCGUAACACCAUGUCUUUUGCCAUCGGCUACGGAAUUACCCCUUGGCUGGACAAUCUCGGUCUGCAAAAUUGCUUUAUCUCAGCUGCGUUCAUUGGCAUGGCAGCUUCGUCAGUGUUUCUGUUCAUGAUUUUCUUUGGCAAGAGCUUCCGGGAGCGGAGCCGGGUCAAGUACUGGAACUUGGUUGCGGAAUUGAUGGCAAAGAGCAACGUGACCCUUUGA